AUGGCGCAUGGCGUCCAGAAUAAACCUAAGAAUGAACCUAUACCUGACGACAGCCUCCCGUUCUAUCCGGCAUACUGCUACAAGGCAUCACCGACGCACUUCACAUGGGUGAAGCUGACUGCUGUGAAUGUCCAUCGCCUGACUCGUCGAGAGGGAUAUGAAGGACAGAACAUACAUUUUUACAAAAACCACCCUAUCCAAUUCAUCUGUUUGGCGGGUGUGAUUGUUUCUCGUGACGAGCAGUUCCGAAGAACGAUAUUGACACUAGACGAUAGUUCAGGGUCAAAUAUCGAAAUCGUAUGCUCAAAGAAACAAUUUGAUCUGCCGGUUUCCCAGCCGGCCCAGGCCGAGGUUAACCCUACUGUAAUGGCUACGAGCACUGCACAGAUCUCGGGGUACAUUACAUCCACCACCAAAGAGGCUUUAGAAAUUAGCUCUCUCGUUCCUGGCGUAGUUGCCAAGUUUAAAGGGACCGUGGUAACGUUUCGCGGCAUGAGACAGCUCCAUCUAGAGCGUUUCGUGCUUCUUCCUGAUAUGGCUAGGGAGAUGAAGUUCUGGGAAGAACGGACACGGUUCUUGGUUGAUGUGCUUUCUGUGCCGUGGCAUUUGACUGAAGAGCAGGUCGAGCAGUUGAGGAUUGAGGGUGCAGGGCUAGAGGAGAAGAAGAUUAAGAGGUCUAGGGCUAGAGAGGAGAGGGCAAGACGUGAUAAGAAAACGGCUGAGAGGGAAGAGAAGGACUAUGAGCGGAUUGUUAGGAGGUACCAGAGGGAGGAGGAGGUGAGGAGGAAGUAUGCCGAGUUGAGUAGGAAGGUUAGUGCCAGGUUUAAAAGGCCUAGAGGAAGAUGA